AUGGUUGGCCUAGGGCCGAGUGAUCAAGGAUGUGAUUCCUUUGAUGUGUGUAUGGUGGCACGUGAAACUACACCGAGUGCGGUCGGCCGUGAGAGCACCGCACUGAAUGUCAAUAAUGACAUUUUUGGACAUAUGCCAUUUAGUGUGGGCGGCCGUGAAGGCACCACGCUUAACGUCGGUCAUGGCGUUGUUGGCGAUUCGCCAUAUAGUGUGGGCGGCCGUGAGGGCACCACACCUAAUGUCAAUAAUGAUAUUGUUGGCGAUACGCCGUAUAGUGUGGACGGCCGUGAGGGCACCACUCUUAACGCCGGUAAUGGCGUUGUUGGCGAUACGCCGUAUAGUGUGGGCAGCCGUGAGGGCAACACACCUAAUGUCAGUAAUGAUACUGUUGGCGAUGUCGAUAAUGACAUUGAUGGCGAGAUGCCGUUAAAUGUAGGGCUAGGCCCGCAUAAUGCACGUGAAGUGGUAGGUUUAAAUCCACUGGGUGAAGCGUUCGAGUUACGUGACACUUCACCAGAUGUCGGUCAAGACAUAAGCUCUCGUAUAGAGCGUACUAUGGUUGGUAGUAACCAUGGGGACAAUAUUGUCCCGACCCUAAGGGGUGUAAGGUCUCGAAGAGACAAUCUAGACGCCGAGUCGCAGCUGUAA